AAGGACAUUUCAUCGAAUGACAGAUACUUGUCAGCUAGUCAGCUGUUAUUUUGGUUCAUUUGUUCGGACGUAAUUGUUGUAAUACUGCUAGAGGCUAGAUUACUCACAGGCUAAGUGCACACAAGCGCCGUGUUGCAAUACAGUACUUGCUGUUGUUGGAGUUUGAAAGUUUAGGUGUAUGUUUCUAGUGAAAUGUGUUUAUAAUAGUAAAAUGAAAGUGAUAAAAUCAAGUUGGUUUAUUGAAAAAGAUUUUUUAAUUAACUUUUUUUAAUUUUUAGUGCUAUGCAAAACAAAAGAAGUAACUUUUUGGCUUUUUCAACUACUAAAAUGCCUUCGUCUGAGUGUGUGUUAGUGUAGUUAUCAGUAUUAUUUGACCAUAUUGUGAUAUAAAACAUGGCAUUUGUAGCGGGACCGUCUUCAAUAGAUUCUGAAUAUGACGAAUAUUUAGCCAUUCCAGAUAUUGAUGACAGUUCAUUAGUUCCUUACACAAUUACCACCUCUGGCAACAAAUAUGAACCAGAAGAACUUCCUUUAGGUUGUCGUGCAAGGCCUUUCAGAACUAUUCACAACCCACCUAUAAAGUUCAAAUCACCCCACAGACGAGUGUUCAUACCUUGUGAAGAAAUUGAGAUUCAGAUAACAGAGUAUGAGAGAAGUGUCACAACCCAUCUCCUCAAUCCAAACCUCUACACUAUUCAGUUGCGACAUGGUGACUUUACAUGGACCCUGAAGAAACGAUACAAACACAUCCAGUACUUACACCAACAACUACGUCUUUUCAGAGCCUCACUUAACAUCCCUUUUCCAACAAAAACGCACAGAGAGCGAAGGGAGAGUUUCAAACAUGUGGCGAACCGUGAGAAAGACAACUCAUCGGGUUCACUUCCAAGGUUUCCCUCAAAGCCAGACGCGCUGGUGCCAGAUGAACAAAUUGAAACUCGCAUGCAGCAGUUGGAGGAAUAUCUGCGGAACCUGCUAAAGAUACCCAUCUACAGAAAUCAUCAUGAAACUGUAGCCUUCCUGGAAGUGUGCCACCUGUCUUUUGUGAACGGGUUGGGCCUGAAGGGGAAGGAGGGAGAGAUUCUGAAGCGUACAAGGAGUACUCAACCUGCCUCUGGAGGCUGUAACUGCUGUGGUCUGCUCAACCUCGGUAUAUGUGUCAGGUGUAACUAUGUGUGCAGUGACGUGUGCGGGUCGUGGCGGCGACGUUGGCUAGUUGUCAGGGACACCUUCAUAGCCUACAUCAGACCUAGGGAUGGCAUGGUCAAAUGUGUUAUUUUGUAUGAUACUAAUUUUGAGGUGUCGUCUGGUAUUUUCUCCACUGGACUCAGGAGAGGAUUACACAUCAUCAAUUUAAGCAGGCAUAUUGUUAUAAAAUGUCCAACUCGCCGAACAACCCAAGAGUGGAUGACUUACAUUAGAGAAAAUGCUCAUAACAGUGACUUCAUCCGAAGCAACCGCUACCACUCGUUUGCACCGUUUCGCAUAGAGACGAUGGCCUCGUGGUUCGUGGACGGAUGUGACUACAUGAGCGCAGUGGCGGAUGCACUGGAACGUGCCAAGGAGGAGAUCUUCAUCGCAGAUUGGUGGCUUAGCCCUGAGAUAUACAUGAAGCGGCCAGCUAUAGAGGGUGAUCACUGGAGGCUGGACAAGAUACUGCAGCGGAAGGCUGCUCAAGGUGUGAAAGUGUUUGUGAUGCUGUAUAAAGAGGUGGAGCUGGCUUUGGGAAUCAAUAGCUAUUACAGCAAGCAGCGACUUGUCGGAUGUCAUCCAGGGAAUAUCAAGGUUCUUCGACAUCCAGACCACGCCAAAGCGGGAGUGUUCCUCUGGGCCCACCACGAGAAGAUUGUGGUUGUGGACCAGUCCGUGGCUUUCCUGGGAGGCAUCGAUCUCUGCUAUGGUCGCUGGGACACACACGAGCACCGACUGACAGAUCUGGGAAGUGUGUCGACGGGGCAGAGUAAUGGUUUGAUCAACCGCAUCCACACUUCGAGCCACGUCUACAAAUCUGCUGCUCCGGCUCUUCUCCAACUCGCCAAGGCCACCAAUAACACCCUGGGAGUGAGGCUGGCCAGCUCUCCCACCCUGCCAGACUCCAGGAAGGUGAAACCGUUACUCCCACCGCUCAAGAUUAACACCAUUCCAGACAUGCCAGUGGACACGUCGGGUAUGGAUGAGGUUGAUUUGGGAGCCUCUAAUGGUAACAUUGUCAACCAGCCAUCCCCUGAGAACAUGAAAGCUGACACCCCUGAACUGGAGAGGAGGAACAUACUAGAGAGGAUGAAGGACAACGUGAUAUCAUUCCUCAGUUUUGACAGUGAAAGUGAGGAGGAUGCAGAGAACAAAGACAAAGAUGAAACCGACAGGGUUAAUGAGUCGACAGCACUGCCUGAAAUCGUCACAGACAACCAAAACAUAUUCUCUGGAGGUGACACUCCAGAACCAACAGAAAUAGAAGAUCCAAGUGAAGAUGCUAUGGCUGGGCUUUCCGGAAAUGCCAAGAUUUGGAUAGGAAAAGAUUACACAAAUUUUAUUGUCAAAGAUUUUACAAAUCUGGAUAGGCCUUACCAAGACUUGGUUGAUAGAAAUACAACACCACGUAUGCCUUGGCAUGACAUUGGCGUAGUGGUACAUGGAGCAGCUGCACGAGAUGUGGCAAGACACUUCAUCAUGCGCUGGAAUGCUACCAAAUUGGAGAAGAACAAAUUGAAUCCUCUGUACCCAUACUUGGUACCGAAGUCAUACCGAGAUAUAGAGUUGGCUCCCAUAAUGGAGUUGCCCAGUGUUAAGCCUUACAGAGUGAAAGCACAGAUUGUGCGCUCAGUGAGUCAUUGGUCAGCUGGCUUCAUGGAUCUAGACACGUGGGAAGGCAGCAUUCACGAGGCUUAUGUGGACGUCAUCAGUAAGGCCAAACGUUAUGUUUACAUUGAGAACCAGUUCUUCAUUACACUGGCAUCUCUCCAAGUCCGGAAUCAAGUUGGUGACACUUUGUUUAAGCGUAUUCUUCGAGCAUACAGAUCAAAUACACCAUUCCGAGUAUUUGUGAUAAUGCCACUACUGCCAGGAUUUGAGGGAGAGGUGGGCAGUCCCUCAGGCUCUGCUCUCCAUGCCAUAACACACUGGAACUAUGCAUCAAUCUCUCGAGGUAGGGAAUCGCUUAUGGUUCGCUUAAGAGAAGCCGGAGUCCCUGAUCCCUCUGAAUAUAUCACAUUCCACGGGCUGAGAACUCACUCAGACUUACAUGGAGACUUGGUGACUGAGCUGAUCUAUGUCCAUUCCAAGCUACUGAUUGCUGAUGAUCUGACAGUCAUCUGCGGCUCAGCUAACAUCAAUGACCGCAGCCUGCUGGGCAGUCGAGACUCUGAGAUUGCUGUUGUCAUUCAGGAUGAGGAGUUCGAGGAGGUGACAAUGGGUGACCAGGUGGUGAGAGUGGGGUACUACUGUGGAGAGUUGCGAAGGAGAUUGUUCAGAGAACAUCUGGGGUUGAUGGAUCAAGAAUCUGGGCCCGAAACUGUGGACCUGUCAGAUCCUGUGUCCGCAGACUUCUACCACAAUGUGUGGCGUGCCACCGCUCAGUCAAAUACUGACAUCUUCGAGAAGGUUUUCAACUGUAUCCCAACCGACCAAGUGACAGACUUCCAGUCGCUGAGGACAUACCAGGAGAGAAUAAAUCUUCACUGUUCAGACCCUGGAUCUGCAGCUAAACUCCUACAGGAUAUCAAAGGUCAUUUGGUGAUGUUACCCCUGAACUUCUUACGCAACGAAAUUCUCACACCAAAUCCCAGUUCGGUCAACGGAAUGAUGCCAACAACACUUUGGACCUAGAGAUACUGAGCAUCUCGUUUCACAUAAUUUUAAGCAUUUUAGCCUCUAGCUGUGGACAAAACCCAUUAUUUUAAUAGCGGAUUACUUUAAGUAGUAGGGACUUGGCUUUCUUGUGAAGACUGUAUCAGUCCAUUUGUAAUACUUCGGAGUUCUGGUACAACGUACCCACUCACUAUUGAAUGAAUGAACGGUAAACUUGAAGUCAAUGGGACUGUCUUUCCUGGAAAACCAAUUUUCUACAUUCGACUCUGGCCACUCAAGCCUUAGUAUUAUCAGUAUUAUUUUACUUUGUUAAACAUAGUGAAAUUGAAAAACCCACCAUACUGUCUACUUAUCUGUAUGUGUUUGUUUACUGCUUAAUUGUAUGUGUUUUUUGUUUGAAACUACAUUCUCUCUAAUCUUCCAAGGAUUAUUUAUGACAAGGAUUCCCUCAACCUGUGGACCAACCACUUUAAGAUUGUGAAUGAUUGCUUGUUAGAAAAACUUUUGAUACAAACUUUUUAAUAAUUUACUCUUAGGUGUAAACUGUGUGUUUAACUUACUGUCCAAUAUAAUGUCUACAUAUUGUGUAUACGAAUUGGGCGGUACAAGACAAUGUCUCUUGUUAGUUGUACUACUUUAUAAUGUAAAACUGAAGUUGUAACAAAACUCACCAAACUUGUGAGAACAUUCUUAGAAAGUUCUUAGUAAAUACAAGGUCUAUAAAAAAAUUAACAGGACUAUAAUAAUUAAAACAUUUUUAAUUAAAACAAAUAUUUUAAAACUUUGUGUCUAGACAUUAAAACUUUAGAAACAUUUCAAGAAAAUAAUUGUAUAAAUGUAAUAAUUAAAUUUGUUUAUAAAUGCAUGAAAUAAGCAAUUUAAGUACUAGCAAAAUUUCUGAGCAAACAUAAUUCUUAGAAUGACUAGGCAUAGCGGUGUAGGUCUAUUUAUAUUGUAUAUUAUGUAGGUAAGGUAUUUAAGUAUGAUUUACUGUAAAUUAGACUGUUUUUAUUUUUGUGUAAAAAAUUCAUGUUAAACUAAGAUUAUAAUUUUUUCUCAGCCAACAAUAGAUGAAGAUAGUUCACAUGAAUGAGGUUAACAAUGCUAAAAUAGUUAUAUAGUAGUAGCCAAUACUAAUAAUGUGUUUUGUAACAGUUCUUGAACAAAUUUCUAUGGUUACUCAACUUAUGGUGUACACAGGUUGAACACAAUGUUUCUAAACUAACUUUUUACGUAAAUAUCUGUUACUUUCAUAUUUUCUUAGAUUUUAACAAUUUAUGAAUGAAUGAAAUAUUGCAGCUUUGUUUUCUAUUUGAGAUUAUUUUAUUGUUUGUUAUUUGUAUUUAUUUGUUUAAUAUACAUACAAUGCUUGUAAAUUCCCUCAAGUAUUGUAAUAUUUAAUAUUGAACAUUUUAAUGUUGGUAGCUAAUUAUUUUAUAAAUAGUUGAAUUUUAAAAGUUUUAUUGAUACUGUUAUUGUAUAUUGUUGUUGUAUUUGUAUUGUAUUGUUUGUGUAAUCUCUCCAUUUUAAUUAAUUUAAAUUACAUAAUGGUGUAAAUCAAUACUAGAUAAGCCGGCCCUGUUAAGGUAGCUUCAGCUUCCAGCAAAAAUAAUGUUUCAUAAACCUUUUACUGGGAAAUAGCUCAUAAAACAUUAAGAAUUCAUAUAUAUUUUUAAGGGUUCGUAAUAAUUUUCAGAACCUCAGAUUCUGACAUCGCGUGAUUGUUGUGUUUACAACAUAAUGAAAUGUUGAUUCAUCUCUGAAAACAACACGAUCAAGAAGGUCUUCAAUUUCUAGCUGCAACACAUCAUUUACAAAGUUUUAGAAAACAGGAUGGCCAUUAAGUUUUUAACAGUUGUAUGCAGUAAGAUGCUAUAUAAAAGAAUGUUCCUAAAAUGUCAAGCAGUAUUUUCAUACCAUCAUCAGUUGCAUUGUAGAUCCACAGCUGGCCUUCCUACUAAAAUUUAGUAGAAAAGACUUCACACAUUCAACAUUUUCCCUGGACACUCUUGGUCUUUUCCCGCAUUUUUAACUCUACACAUUUAUUCUGUUGUUUCAAACUUUCUAUUCCAUCAAUUGAUGAUGGUGUUGGCAUGUUUUGUUUAUAUUUAUAUCACAACUAAUAUUUGAGAAUCACUCAUACACAUAGCAUAGCAACAGGCUUACAACUAGCAAAUUACAAAGCAUAAAAUCAUUGUGUAGAGGAAUCCUCAAGAAAAGCAAUUUAUUAAUGUAUUUUGUGUGCUUGGCGGCAAUUAAUAAUGCAUUUCUUGAUCUGUAAUUUUUAUAUUCAAACAACUUUGCACUCAUUAUCUCAGUGAUACUAAAUAAUCACACUGCUUCACCCUUGUGUAUAUACUCGGUAUAAUUAUUGCAAUGCUUAUUUUACUUUACAACAUUGUACUCAUUCUUAAUAAAAUGAGGAGAAAGAAUAUAAGGAUAACAGCAGGAUUCAAAUAUUAUAUUAAGUUUUUUGUAUUUAUUUAUAUUAUUCAUAUGAAGUAAAAUUAAAACUAGAAAUAAUUUACUGUACUAUUGUUUAUGAGAUAUUAUAAAAUAAUUGUGGUGUUGUGUUAUUAGCAUAUUAUUAUUGUAUGAAAUUUCUUUUGUUCUUAUAUUGUGUGAUUAAUUUCUAGUUACCAUACCUUUGUAAAAGUAACUGCAAAAUAUUUACUAUUCUAACUGACUAAAGUUUACUGUAAUGAAGUCGUUUUUAAAAGUCUUAUCUAAACAUGUACAAAAUCAAAAUAACUAUCUAAAAUUAUUGUUGUUUUUGUUUAGUUUAUUGUUAUUUCAGGCACUAUUUACUAUCAUUUUUGUUUUUAAUACAUAAUUAAUUAAAGACAUGAUUAAAAUUGUGUCUUUUUUCUAGAUUUGAAUGGUUUUUAGUGAAAUUCCAUGAUUAAUUUACACUUUAUGUGAUUAUAUGGUACAAUUUUAUUAGUUAGAAUGAUGGAAGGAAAAGAAAAAAUUGUUCAUUAUUGGCUAAAUAAUUUUUUUUAGUCGAAAGUUCAGUAUUAAAUUGUUGCGUGGUAUAGUAAUAGCCUUUUCUACUUUGUAUGAAGUAAUAGCAGGAUUAUUAUUCUUGCUAUUUGCUUCUUAAUUUUAACUUAACUUUUAUUGUAAGUCAGCACCAUAACUACAAAUCUUGGAUUGUUUUAGAAUGUCUGCCUAUCAAUAGUUCUAGUUACACAUUUUUUUAGAGUAGGAAUAUAUUUUGUAUUUUAAGGUGCCUUGAUGUGUUACUUACCUUGAUCGUUACAGGAUUGUUAAAAAAUAACCUAAAAAUAUUGUUUUACAUUUUUUUAUCUGGGGUUUUUAGCUAUGUUAAAUAUACUCUUUACAAUAACAUUUUAUCAAUUCUUUUUAAUUUUAACAUAUGUUUGCAUAAACAUUUCCUAUUCUAAUUUGUAUUAUUACUAAAUUCUUGAAACAAAAGUUUUGCAGCAUAUAAAAUAAUUUUCCUAUAAAGUUUGGCACUGUUGCAAUUGUUUACAAUUAGGCAUGCUUGGCUUUGUUCUGACCCAUUUCCUCCUGUUCAGCUUACUUAUUCAAGGUGAGGAAGGAUAAAAUUAAAAUUGAGCACCUUUACUAUAAUUAUUUAACAAAUGACUGAACAAUUAAACAAUUAUAAAGCCUGUGACCAAUUAACUUAGUAGUUCCUUAUAGUUUAUCAAAAUAACUCAAAAAUAUCUUGGGCCUUAUAUGUUACUUUUGGUACAUAUACAAGUAAAAUAAAAAAUGGAAACAAAACUGCCUCUGGUCAUUUUAUAUUUUAGGGCCAAUUUUUCUUUAUAAAUUAAUUCAAUUAAAAUGUCUUCUUUCCCAUCAAUAAGUAUAAUACUUUCAUUGCAUGCUGCAAUGUUUCAAUAUAACCAUACAAUACAAAUAAAUAUAUUGCCACAGUAGCUAAUCGUGAUUGCUGUCUGCAAACACAACUGAACUCUAGUAAACAUUGAUAGUACUAACACGUCACAGAACAAAACCAGGAGGUGCUGAAGUCUAGUGGGAAAUGCUAAAACUAUUGAAUGAUGUUUGCUAGUUGCAGGACAACUUCUUACAUAAUAUUAUAACGAAUAAUGGAAUGAAGUGUGUACAAAUAAAUAUUAUUUCAUUGACACAAUUUUGUAAUGUUGAUAAAAAGCAUCAUGUCAGGAACCAGCAAUGGAUUAAAGCGACAGAGUUCAUGUUUUCCUAUGGGCUAUAUACUGUCUACAUAUACCAUUAUAAUAUUAGAAAGUGACAUUUUAUAACAAUUUUGUUUGAAUAUAAACACAUAAUUAAAAUUAUAUAAUUUUAACAAUUUCAUGACGAAUUGAAUUAGAGCUUCAAGAAAUUAAGUGGGUUUUUUUUAUGUGUAAAAAUUGUAAUUUCUUAAAGAAAAAUGUAUUUUAUUAAAACAUGUAAAUUUUCUUAAACUUUAUUUGAUAUCAAAAGUAUACUUUCCUUUAGCUAUGUAUGAAUAAAAAUUAAACUCCCUGAAACUUUAACUCAUGUAAAUAAUAUAAAACUUUCACAUUUUCAUCUUCAGCCAUUGUAUUAGGUCUUGAUUUAUGAAAUUGCCUAAAUUUCCUAAUUAAUUGUCUGUAAUUUCACAGGGAGUGAUAACAAAAUUUCUAUUUGUUCUUCAUUCAAGGUAUUUUGAUUAUGAUUAGGUAUCAUAAUCUAUACAGAUCACUGACGAAAUUCUGACGCAGUAGCUGGGCCUAGCGGCACGAUGACAAGCUCUGGUCUUAACAGCGAUCUGGUUUUAAUUUUACCUCCCAAUAGUUUUAACAGCGUUUGGUAGAUUGUGUGAGCAAUUUAGUCAUUAGUAGUGUACUGGUGGUCUUUCUUGAAUUUCCUCAAACACAUUUUUAAACAAUCCGCUAUGUAGUGCUACUGAUAUAUUGUUUUCCUCAGUUGUUUUUCAAUAGUGAUUAGUCUAGUUUCACAUUUUAUGGUAUCGGUUUUGUGUAUUAUUAUGUUAAUAGUAAUACUAAAAUAAUAACAAUAUAAACACCAGUCGGUUUAAUGUGGAAAGGCAUUACUGUUCUGCUGCUGAACGUAAAUUAAUUUGCGUUCACUGGAACAUAUGUGGCCAAACAAAUAGAUCAACAAUUGGUUAAAGAACUAUGAAUUUAACAUAAAAAAAAUUCUCUAAACCCAAUAUCAAUUGGAUUACCUUAAUAGUAGUCCCUGACCUGAACUGGAAAAUCUUACUCACCCAACCAUAGUAAUUGCAUGGUUUCAUAAGCUGGAACUCCUAUGUUCGUAAGGGGGAACGCCAGUCACAUGUCAGCUGCGCAUCUGAGGUGCUGCUUUUAACAAGGGGCUAAAAUUGAAAACUGCGUUAUGAAUAGGAAUUAGUCAUAAAUCCAUAAAUGUUUUGCUAUAAAAGCUUAGAUUUGAGUGUUUCAAUACUAAUGAAUCGUAAAAAUAUGAUUAUUUGUUAAUAUUAAUGGUUUACCUAUUAUUAUUAACAGGUAAUCAUAUUUUUAACAAUACAAUAGAAGCUAAAAUCUAAGAUUCUAUUGUGACACAUUUGUAGAUUUGAGACAAAUUCCUAUCCAUAACACACAUUUUAACUUAACCCUGUGUUAAAAGCAGAGUUCCAGAUGCGUGAUCGGCAGCUGACUUGCAUUCCCUCAAUCUAGAGGCAACUGUUUUAGUCCAGUAGAAAGCUUUUUUGCUCUUCAUUUUAUUUCAUGUGUUUUAUAUGUUUAUUUAUAUGCUUUCAGAACAAAGUAUAUAUUUUUAUACACAAUUUUAAAUGUUAUUUUUUAAUGCUUUUUAUUUUAGUUGCUCAUUAUGGCCACUAUUAGUACGUUAUUAUGUGCAUUUUUUAUUAAAGUUUGUUUCUUCUUUAA